GGUGCCGUGAUGCUGCCCGUGAGCUACCGCCUGUCCAACACCCGCUUGGCCUUCUUCCUCAAGGAGGUGGGAUCCAGCCCGGCGGGCAACGGCAGCGCCCCCCUGCACCGCUCCGAGCCCUUCGUCGUCUUCCAGACCAAGGAGCUGCCCGUCCUCAACGUCACCCUGGGGCCCUUCAGCACGGGGCUGGUGCUGCCCCGGGAGCAGCUGCAGCCCUCCCGCACCCUGGAGGUGCCCGGCCGCCUCACCCCGGGGCAGCCCCUGCAGCAGCACCGCCUGGACGGCAACGUCUUCAUCCGCCUGCCCGACAAGCCCCUGAGGCCCGGGGAGGUGCUGAGCAUCCUGCUCUACCUGAUGUCCAACUCCACCGUGGAGCACUUCACGCUCAGGGUGAAGGCCAAGAAGGGUGUCAACCUGCUCAGCACCAAGUCGAGGAGCGGGCAGUGGCUGGUGAGCUCGGAGCUGCUGACUGGUGGCAAACACUCCACUGCCACUGUCGAUGUGACCAGGGUGGGCGGCACGGGGCCCAGGGAUGGGGACUCCUCCUCUGAGAUCAUGCAGCUGGAUUUUGAGAUGGAGAACUUCACCAGCCAGUCGGUGACGCGCCGCAUCAUGUGGCACAUCGACUACCGGGGCCGCAACCCCCCGCCCGACCUGGAGAAGGUGGUGACGGAGCUGACGGUCAUCCAGAGGGACAUCCGGGCCAUCGUGCCCCUGGCCAUGGACACAGAAAUCAUCAACACAGCCAUCCUGACCGGGCGGACAGUGGCCAUUCCUGUGAAGGUCAUUGCUAUUGAGCUGAGUGGUGUCAUCGUGGACGUUUCAGCUAUGGUUGAGUGCAGGUCCAACAACGAGGACAUCAUCAAGGUCUCCAGCAGCUGUGACUACGUCUUUGUCAGCGGGAAGGAGUCCCAGGGCUCCAUGAGUGCCCGGGUCACCUUCACCUACGAGCACCUCUCUGCCCCUCUGGAGAUGACCGUGUGGGUGCCCAAGCUGCCGCUGCACAUCGAGCUGUCGGACACGCGGCUGAGCCAAGUGAAGGGCUGGAGGGUGCCCAUCCUGCCGGACAGGAGGGCGGUGCGGGACAGCGAGCACGAGGAGGAGGAAGAGGAGCGGAAGCAGAGCCGGGGCUGUGCCCUGCAGUACCAGCACGCCACGCUGCAGGUCUUCACCCAGUUCCACACCACGGCAGCAGAGGGCACGGGGCAGGUGGUCACCAUGCUGGGGCCAGACUGGCUGGUGGAGGUCACCGACCUGGUCAGCGACUUCAUGCGCGUGGACGACCCGCGGGUGGCGCAGCUGGUGGACAGUGCCAGGCUGGCCGGGAGGGAGCCGGGCACCACGCUCUUCAAGGUACCCGCCCCGGCCGGCUCUGUCUCCAGCCUCUCCCUGUCCCUCCACCCCAGCCCUGGCAACAGUCACACCAUCAUCGCCCGGACGUCCGUGCAACAGACCCUUGGCUUCUUCAAGCAGGAAGCGCUCCUGAGCCUGUGGAUCUCCUACAGCGACGGCACCACGGCCCCCCUCUCCCUCUACGACCCCAAGGACUACAACCUGGUGGUGAGCAGCCUAGAUGAGAAGGUGGUCUCGGUGACACAGGACCGGGUGUUCCCCUUGGUGGUGGCAGAGAGUGAGGGCACGGGGGAGCUGCUGAGGGCUGAGCUGGUCAUCUGCGAGAGCUGCCAGAAGACCAAGCGCAAGAGUGUGCUCUUCACAGCCCUGGUCAGCGUGCGGGUCCACUUUGGGUCCGAGGAGGACCCAACCUAUGACUAUGACCACGUGCCCAGCAAGCCAGGGCUGGUGGAGACCGGGGCCAGCACCACCCUGCGGGCAGAGGUGGACAGGAAAGCAGAGCCCAGCGAGGACAGCAGGAUGUCCAGCGCAUCUCACCCCACUGAGGACUUCCCCACCAUCCCCACUGGCUUUGUCCAGGUGACCAGGGGACUGACGGACCUGGAGAUAGGCAUGUAUGCCCUCCUGGGUGUCUUCUGUUUGGCCAUCUUGGUCUUCCUCAUCAACUGUAUUGUCUUUGUGCUGAAGUACCGGCACAAACGCAUCCCACCUGAAGGCCAGACCAACAUGGACCACUCCCACCACUGGGUCUUCCUGGGCAACGGGCAGCCCUUGAGGGCUCACAGUGACCUCUCCCCCCAGCCCGAGAGCCCCGGGAACCCCUUGGAAAAUGUCCAGACCUGCUGCCACGGGGACCACCACAGCAGCGGGAGCUCACAGACCAGCGUGCAGAGCCAGGUCCACGGGCGCGGGGACGGCUCCUCGGGGGGCUCCACGCGGGACCAGAGUGAGGACCCUCUCAACUCGCCCACCUCCAAGCGGAAGCGGGUGAAGUUCACCACCUUUGCCACGCUGCCCUCUGACGAGCUGGCCUACAACUCCAUCCCCAUCGCUGAUGAGGAGGACUUGGAGUGGGUCUGCCAGGACAUGGGGCUGCAAGACCCUGAAGAGCUUCACAACUACAUCCGCAGAAUCAAAGAGAUCGCUUAG